AUGGUGACCCUAGUCUCGCUACCUUCCCUGCCUCCAUCUUGGACCCCGCCCUCCGAAUCAGCCUCCUCCAUUUCCCCCUUUGUCCAGCGCAAGCUCAUCCCUGCAGGCGCUGCCUACCUUGCCCACGUAAAACGUGCACUUAACAACUUCACCUUUGACGAGUAUGACCAGCAGCUCGAAGAGGAACGGAAGCGCCUCGAGGAGCUUAACGCAGAUGGCCUGAAUGGGGAAGACGACCUUGGUGUAGGAGAGGAGGAGGAAGCUCCCGAACUUCUUCUGCUUGACCCCAAGGAGUGGAAGAAACAAGAUCAUUAUCAGGUCCUUGGAUUGUCACAUCUGCGAUUCAAGGCGACCCCUGCGCAAAUAAAAAUUGCCCAUCGCAAGAAAGUACUAAAGCACCAUCCAGACAAGAAAGCAGGCGCAUCGCACACCACAAACGACGACGCAUUCUUCAAAUGCAUCCAAAAAGCCAACGAGGUUCUCACAAAUGCUGAACGGCGGCGCCAAUUCGACUCUGUCGAUCCCAUCUGCCUAUCCCUCGAAGAGGAUGAUCCAUCUGCGUCCGACUUCAAAGGCCGAGAACAAGACACUACGCUCUUUUUCGAAACAUUCGCGCCUAUCUUUGAGAGGGAGGCACGAUUCAGCAAGAAAACGCCCGUGCCAAUGUUGGGCGAGAACGAGGACUCAAAGGAGCACGUCCAUGCUUUCUAUGAUUUCUGGUACAACUUUGACAGCUGGCGAUCAUUUGAAUACCUAGACAAGGAGGUAAACGAAGGAAGCGAUAAUCGUGAUGACAAAAGGUACACUGAGAAAAAGAACAAAACUGAACGCGCUCGUCGAAAGAAAGAGGACAUUACCCGUCUGCGCAAUCUCGUGGAUCUUACACUUAAUCUUGAUCCUCGAAUCAAGCGAAUCAAGCAGGAGGAAAAGGAGGCUCGAGAAGCAAAGAAGAAGAACAAGGGCGGAAUGAGCGCUGCAGAGCAAAAGGCCAAAGCGGAAGAAGAUAAGCGUAAAGCUGAGGAAGAGGCUAAGAUGAAGGAGGAAGAAGACAAGGUGGCACGGGCAGAGGCCAAGAAAGCAAAAGCUGCGGCAGCAAAUGCAGCCAAAAAGGCAAGAAGACAACAGCGCGCCGCGGAUACCGAUGAGGCUGCGCCGUCGUAAAAUUAUCCAGCCAGUUGUCUCGUACUGAUACCAUGCGCAUUCGUACUCUCACCAUUCUCGGGAUGUCAUAAGUUUUCAAAUCACACUUUGGCAAUUCUGCAUGUACUAAAGG